UGCUGAAGUUCUUGUUGGCAUUACUGCCCCCUGUAAAUAAGUACACCAUUGGUAUAUAAUGUGUAUUUUCUAACACUCUCUUCUUCUAGUUGAUUCCCAUGUGAUCUGCACCGAGUCCACGAUGAGAGUAGAGGUUGAGAAAUCUUCAUUCCAUGGACUCCAUGAGGAUCAUUUGCGGCUCAACGACGGCGCCAACACCGCCUGCAGGCUGCACUCCAACAGCACUUACGUCUUCGCCGACAUCCCCCUCAGCGGUUGUGGCACUGAGCUCGAGGAAGACGGGGAUAACCUCAGGUUCAAGAAUGAAAUCACCACGUUUGACAACAGAACUGACGUGAUCACCAGGAAACACCUGCUGGAGGUGCAGUUCUACUGCCAGUACCCCAAACGUGGAAACGCGACACUGGCCUUCACAGCACACAGGCCCAUCGUCUCAGUGUGGGACAGGGGCUUCGGCAGGUUCACCUACCAGUUUGAGUUCUAUGCUAACGACCAAUACCAAGCCAUGGUUGAUCCAACUUCAUACCCGGUGGUGUAUGAAAUAGGGAGCAGGGUCUACAUGCAGAUAGAGGCCACCUCCUCCGUCAACAACACCGUGCUGUUUGUGGAGUCCUGCAGAGCUUCACCAUAUGACAACCAGAACUCCCAGCAGACCUACUCCAUCAUUGAGAAUGGGUGUAAAGAGGACCCGACCGUUCAGAUCCAUUCCCCCUCCCACCCGAGACAAUUCAGGUUCAGCAUGAAGGCCUUCAAGUUCAUCGGCAUGUUUGAUCAGGUGUACAUCAGCUGCACAGUCCUGAUGUGUGCAGCAGGGGAACCCAACACCAGGUCCUCUCAGGGAUGCAUCAGCUCCACAACGCCAGCCACUUGGCCUCAAAACCACCACCGCAGAAAGAGAGAGGUUGCCGUGGAGAGUGCCAGGCACUUCGUUUCCCAGGGUCCCCUGCGCUUAAAGAGAUCAGCGGAGAGCAGCGAAAGCUCAGCGCUCCACCUGAAUCUGAACCUGGUGUUCAUCGCUGGAUGUCUUCUCGCAGCUGUUGGCAUGAUCAGUGCCGUGGUCCUGUACAAGGGCAGGAUGUCAAAGGUCAAAUACCAACCUUUGUCCACAGAUGAACGUUAAGACAGCAUGCAGAAUACCAGUUCUGCAUUAAUUACAUUUGACUACGUAAAGCUUUUGAUUAGUUUUGCUGUCAGAUAUUGAGUGCUCGUGUAUCUUCUGUGCCCAUUUAAAUGAAUGAGCUUCAUAUUAAAUCCUUUAUACAUGUCUACAGCUUAUAGGUGGAAAUACUUCAGCGAGGAAACAUCUGUGCCCGUGCAAACAGGAAACCAGAACGUUUCAGUUCAGUAAUCCAAUCAUAGC